UCAGACAACUACGUCACUUCCUUUAUCCGCACUAGUCCCUAUAGCCAUAGCCGUGUUUUUACUAAGUUAGCCGACGUCUACGUGCGCGAAUUCUUAAAUAUGGUCGAUUUAAUUGCUUUAAAAAAUGAAGUGAUGGUGAUUGUAAAUAACCUGGCCAAGGCGGUAGUGACGGAGAUCUUUACCGCGGCGGAGAAUGUCUUUUUGUCUACGAAACAUCCCCAAACCGAGAAAAAACUCAGCGCUCUGAUGGACAGUCUGUGUGCUGAAGCUGUGGAUAAAAUCCUGCGGAUGGUUGAGGUGGCUGCUGCGAAGGAGACUCCACUCGAAUCUGAUGAGAGCAGCGAGGGUUUAAUGAAGCCAGCAGAAGGUGAAGCUGGUCCUGAGUGCCCCCCCACAGAUCAGACCUACAUCCUGGUUUACGGGAGCGCUGCUGUCGACUCCAAGUGUCUGAUGGUGUCGCUGCACAGCGAUGCUAAAGCUACCACUAACGGUGAAAAUGAAACUCGUGCGACAGGUGAAACCAGGACCUCCGUUCCCCCGCAGCCUGAGUUCCCUGACCACGAGUACGCUCGACUGUCUUUGCCGCCGCCCGUCGCUGCCUCAGCGGCGGAGGGCAAAGUCUCCGCAGCACGCAGCACGAAACGGCGCCACAGCCGCCGCAAAAAAGACACCAACACACCUGAAACUGCAGACACAACAGAAACUCACCACCAGUGUUUGCACUGCGGGAUGCUGUUUCCCAACACAGAGCGGCUCUCCGACCACGAGAAGAAGUCUCACCCGGUGUGCUCGGUGUGUGGGACGCUCUUCGGCGGCAUCCUCAAACUCCGCGAGCACGAGAUCAAAGAGCACGGCCUGCUGCCGUACACCUGCGACUACUGCCCCAAGAGAUUUAACCACAAAGCUCACCGCAACCUGCACGUGAAGGCCCGGCACACCGGGGAGAAAACCUGCCACUGCGACAUCUGCGGGAAGGGCUACUCCUGCAUCAGCGUGCUGAAGACACACAGGAUGACCCACUUCGACAAGACCUUCAUCUGCGAUGUCUGUGGGAAAAGCUUCUACCACGCCUGCCACCUGACGCGCCACAAACUGGUGCACCAGGAAGUCCGGCCCUACCAGUGCUCCACCUGCGGAAAGGGCUUCACCCAGGCCGCCAACCUGCGCAGCCACCAGGUGAUUCACACCGGAGAACGGCAGCUCUGCUCCAUCUGCGGCAAGAGCUACCGCUGCCUGAAGAACCACGUCAUCAGCAAACACUCGCACGAGCUGCCGGCCAACGAGCUGCCGACCAGGGACUCCAUCAUCACCUGCGAGGUGUGCGGCAAGAAGUUCCCCAACCCGUCGCAAUUCAGAGUUCACCAGAGGAGCCACACGGGGGAGAAACCGUUCCACUGCGACAUCUGCGGAAAGAGCUACCGCCUGAAAGAGCUGCUGAGAGACCACAGGUACACUCACAGUGGGGAGAAACCAUACAGGUGUAGCCUCUGCCCCAAAACCUUUAACCUGGCCACCAGCUUCAUGAGGCACCGCAGCAUCCACACCGGAGAGACGCCGUACAGCUGCCUCGACUGCGGGAAGCACUUCCGCCUGCUCACCUUCCUGAAGGCUCACCUGCAGACCAAAGCUCACCUGAAGCAGACGCAGCAGACGCAGACGAUCGCCUCUGAUCUCACGUCAGACUCUUCUAGUGGCCAAAAGUAUGUGGACAGCUGAACAUGGCAUCCAUAUGCCAUACACCUGCACACAGAAAGCAAAUGUUGUGUAGUGUCCCUCCAGUAGAGAAAUAAAGCAGAGAAAA